CUGCCGCCGCGCAGGUAUGCGAGUCGCGCGGUGCCCGUGUCGGCCGCUUCGUGGGAAUGGGGCGGUAUGCGAGGUGGUGACUCGCGGGCCAGGAAGAGAACUCCGGGGUUCAGCCGCGCCUCGGGAUGGCGGGUUGGAGGGUCCUUGUCCUGCUGCUGCCCCGAGGAAGCUGCGGAGCUGAAGGAGCCGCCGCCGCCUUUUUCCAAACCAAUGCAUGAGAAAUCGGGGCUGAUGCACAGCCUGGACAAGCUGGAAUCCUGGCCCAAGGAGAAGAGCUUGGAUUCUCCAAAUGGCAGCUUGAAUCUGAACAACGCUGUGAAGAAUGACGAACUCAAGAAAUGUCCCCAAGAAGUCACGGCUCCCAAUAAAUACAAUUCUCAGUAUCACAAGCUAUUCAAGGACAUCCCGACUGAAGAGAGCGUGGUUAAAGUCUGUUCCUGUGCUCUCCAGCGGGACAUCCUUAUCCAAGGCCGCCUCUACAUUUCUCCAAACUGGCUCUGUUUCUACGCAAACCUUUUUGGGAAGGAUAUCAAGGUUGUGAUUCCCGUGGUCUCCGUCCAACUGAUCAAAAAGCACAAAACAGCCCGGUUGUUGCCAAAUGGACUCGCGAUCACCACCAACGCCAGCCGAAAAUACAUCUUUGUGUCCCUCAUUUCCAGAGACAGCGUAUACGAUGUCUUGCGACGUGUCUGUACCCACUUACAGGUCUCCAGCAAAAAAAGUCUGAGCUUGAAAGAAUUCACCGAAGAGCCAGUUGCUGUAGCCUUGGAGGUCAUUGUCCCAGAGGUGAAGUGGAGAAGGAGGUCCACGGCGUCCCUUUCGCUCACCCUCCCGGAGGCCAGCUUCCAGUGCAUCCACCGAACUUCGAUCAGCAAUCUCAGUGCUAAGGAGACGUCCUGCACCUUGGAGGAGCCCCUGGUAUCAGAAAGCACAGUAAACUCCGAGGAGGAAGAGGAGGAGGAAGAGGAGGAGGAGGAAGAGGAGGAGGAGGAGUUAGUAGUGAACCAAAGCUACAAAGCAGAACUGAGACCAGCUGAUUAUCAGCUGCUGAAAAUCUUCAUAGUGUUAAUCUGCCUUUUGGUGUUGUCCUCAUCGUACCUGGCCUUCCGAAUCUUCCGGCUGGAGCAGCAACUCUCCUCCUUGAACCAGGAUUACCUUUCCCGAGGAUCUCAAAGAUGAUCGUAGCACAAGGAAGAUCGGAGAAGGUCAGACUUCACCUGAACUCAAGAGUCGAAGCAGGUAACGUGGCCGCUAUGAAGACGGAGCGAAUGGGACUCUAGUUCGCUUUCCGUCCUUGUUGGACCUCAGCAGUGAGGAACACUGUAGGUGCUUCCUCGCCUCCAAGAACCCUGUUGGAGUGUUCAACACGUUGCGUUGACUCUGCUAGAACAUCUACCAGGCUGCUGGGGAUGCUUACGGCCAUCCCCGAAAAGGUCCUAGCUAGUCCUCUGGUCCAAAAGUAGCCAUCCCAGGCGCGAUUCCAGAGAUGUCCUCCUGAGCGGUGACGAAGUUAUGGAACUUACUCUCAACAUGUGCCAGCAACAUUGGAGGUUGCACUAGAGGACUUCUCCACAAGGUCCUUCCUCGCACUUACAAGGACUUGGCUGCUCUUACCUUGAGAACUUCAGGGCUCUCGGGAGGUUCUCUCCAAGGGGCUCUUUGACAUGGGUGGAUCCUCCUCCAGAGUGGGUCCGUUGCCAGCACUCAUGGCCUCUUUCCCCGUGGAAGGCGGGUGGCCGGAUAGUUACUACUCCUGCAAUGAAAACACAACCAGUCUACGAAGAUGACUGGUAAAUACUAUUUCACUAAGGAUGAGUAGGAGUUUGGGAGCUGUCCCGUCUCUGCCCUUUCACAUCCCAGUAUUCCCAUUUCUCCUUAGGAACAGCUUUCUUGCACUAACAAUGAUGCUGCAGUGAUUUGCACCCCUGCAAAACUUCCAGGGAGCCAAAGUGAACUUGGAGUGGAUGAGAUGGGGGCCCCCUUGGCUGCCCAGGAAAGCCCAACGUCCUUAUGGGACUGGAGCCAACUGUACACGCCGAGCCUUUCGGGAAAAGGAAACCUAAAAGACCCGUCUCGGUGAUUGGAGUUGGAGCCCAAAAUGCCCUUCCUGUUUAAUAGAAAUUGUAGAUUGGGUUUGGUGGGCUAAAAAAGCAGGGUGGAGGGGGAGCCCCCCCCCUCCCCCAAAGUAGACCAGAUUGUGAAAUCAACUCUACAGGAUGGUUACAGUUACUUUGAGAUCGGCUGUACAGAUUAUAUCCCCUCCCUCCCUUUUUUAAUGCUUCAUUGCACUAUGGAGGUGUCCUUCUGAGUCACUUCCAGAUGUUAUUUAUAUGGAUGUAUGGAUGGAUGUAUGGAUGUAUGUA